AUGAUUGGAUCAAAAAUUGAUUGGGCAAGUUGGGGAGUUGAAAUGAAUCCAAAGGAAAGAAAGCUUCAAAAGAUCUGGAAGGAUUGGAUACUAAAAGUGCUGCUGCUAAUGAAGAUUAUUCGAAAUUGCCAGGAGAGGAAGAGCUGUUUCCGAAUGAUGGAGGUGGAGGAGGAGGAAAGGCUGGAGGAGGUGGAGAAACGGCUUUUGGAUUUGAUGAAAAUGAGAAGAAUGAUGGUGGGGAUAAAGUUGAGAAUGAAGGAAAUGAGAAGAAAGAGGAAGAUGGAAAAGAUGAGAAGGAUUAGUUGGAAUAUAUAAGAUAAAGACAUUAGGUAUAUAAUGUAUUUGUAUAAUUCUGUAGUAUUUCUAAAUAUGUGUAUUUUAUGGAUAUUAUUGUUCAAAAAUAUAAAACAAAUGUAUGUA